AUGGCUACUGCUGAAGAGCGUAAGCUUGAACUCGAACGUAAGAAGCAGAAGUUGGCUGAAAUCCGGGAGGAGAAAAGACGUCGGGAAGAAGAACGACGGCGAAAUUUGCUAAAACAUGCAAAUCUUGAAAAUGGAACAGUGGGCGAUUUGCCGAAAACAUUUUCUCAAAAAGAUCUAGAAGAGAUCCUUGAACCGUUGGGAAUAUCGGCUCAGCCUCAAAUCGAACAUUCCAUUACUCCAAAUAACAUUGAUCACCGAACAGUGGAUAGAGUUGGAAACAAUCAGAGACAUUCAUCAGUUCCCAGGACACAAAAACUUACUAUUUGUGAAACACAGAUGAUUUCAGUACCACCUAAGGAUGCUGCGAGUUACUGUAAAACAACACAAACUGAUGACGAUCGAGUAUCAGCGGGGGAAUUUAGUUUAGGUUCUCAGGAAUUCGAUUAUGAUGAAGAAAUGACGAUGUUAGAUAAACAUUUAGAAAUCAAUUUUGACGAAUCUCCUACGCUAGAAAUUGCGAACAUUUUGCCUAAUUUUAAUUUUGGCGUGCGUCAGCAAGAGCCUGGUGAAGAAAAGAAAGAGGAGGAAGCGAAGGUCCCGGAUCUGAGUGAGGAAGAAAAGUUGCAAAUUCUCAGUAGUCAAAAAUUUCAGCAAUUUUUUGACUACAACUCACGCGUCAUGGAGCGACAAUUAGCUGAAGAGGUUGACAUCUUCAUUGAUUACUCACGUGACGAAGCUAUGGAUGAAAAAGCCGAUAGUGGUGAAAAAUUGAUGUUUGCUAGAAAAUUUGUCGACGAAAAAUGGAGCGCAGGAAGAGCUGUGACAGGCAUUGAUCACUGUGUGCAACACCCAGAAUUAUUUGCUGUUUCCUAUGAUCAGAAUCCUGAUUCACCUCUUGAUCCUAUUGGAGUAGUACAAGUGUGGAGUUGUCGUUUCAAAAAGCCAACUGCUGAAUAUACUUUUUACUGUCAGUCGCUGGUUACAAGUGUUGCAUUUGCCAAAUUUCAUCCAAAUUUGAUAAUGGGAGGAUGUUAUUCCGGUCAGAUUUGUAUGUGGGACAAUAGACUCAGCAAGAAGACUCCUGUCAAUAAGAGUCCUUUAUCAUCACAAGCUCAUACUCAUCCAGUGCUGAGCAUGGCAGUGGUGGGAAGUCAAAAUGCACAUAAUUUAAUAAGCAUAUCAACUGAUGGAAGGUUAUGUUCGUGGAGCGUUGAUAAUUUAAAUCAACCGAUUGAUAUAAUUGAUCUAGCAUGGAAACAGAAACAUGUAGCAUGCACAUGUAUGUCAUUCGCGCUAGACGAUGUUAACAAUUUCGUGGCAGGUAGUGAAGAAGGAAAUGUUUACACGGCAAGUAGACAUGGCAAUAAAGGCGGAAUAAAUGAUGGCUAUGAAGGUCAUAUUGGACCCAUAACAGGAGUUGAUACACAUAAAGCUUCUGGUAUCAUUGAUUUAUCGCAUUUAUUCUUAUCGUGUUCUUUGGAUUGGACAGUCAAGUUGUGGAGUACUAAGGAGACACGGCCGAUUUAUUCAUUCGAAAAACAUGGUAAUUAUGUAACUGAUGUUGCCUGGUCUCCUGUUCAUCCUGCAGUUUUUACAUCUGCGGAUGCUAGUGGAAAUGUAUUUUUGUGGAAUUUAAAUGAAGACACCGAAGCUCCUGUAUCCCAUUUGCAAAUGGAAGGUGGUGUUGGAGUGCGGAAGAUGAAAUGGAUGCAGAACGGUCAACAGUUAACCGUGGGUGAUGAGAAAGGUAAUUUGCAUAUCUAUGAUGUACACGAAAACCUUACAACUUGUCGGCCAGAUGAAUGGUCGAAGCUGUCAAGAGCACUUCGUGAUAUCAGGCAGGCGAACGAGGAAGCGGAAGAAUUAUCAGAAGCAAUGAAUAAUUAUAAUACAUCUAUUGGAAUCAGUUCAAUAACUAAUACCGCAAUGGGUGUUGCUGGCUUGUCACCAAGACAACAAUGGUAG